UCGGAGAACGUGCGACAUAUUUCGGCUCUUUGGACAGAUGUCCUUCUCAGCCUGAUGGGCUUUGGGUUGCCUUCAGGGGGAAAGUAGGCCUUGGCGGUCAUCUCCUGCCAUGUCGUUGGCCAUGAAAGCCAGGCAGAAAGUCAAGCGGAAGGCGGCGGCCAAGGACCGGGUCUUUGGGUGUGACCUGGUGGAACAUCUCCAGUCAUCUGGGCAUGAUGUCCCACAGGUCCUGAAGAGCUGCACGGAGUUUGUGGAGCACCACGGGAUCGUGGAUGGGAUCUACCGGCUCUCAGGGGUCUCCUCCAACAUCCAGAAGCUCAGGCUGGAGUUCGACACAGAGCGGACACCUGACCUCAAUAAGGACGUCUACCUGCAGGACAUCCACUGUGUCAGCUCCCUCUGCAAGGCCUACUUCCGGGAGCUGCCCAACCCACUCCUCACUUACCAACUCUAUGACAAAUUUGCGGAAGCAGUGGCCAUCCAGUUGGAAGAGGGGCGGCUGGAGAAGAUCAAAGAGGUGUUGAAGGAGCUCCCUCCUCCUCAUUACAGGACCUUGGAGUUCCUGAUGAAGCACCUGGUCCGCAUGGCCUCCUUCAGCCCCCAGACCAACAUGCAUGUCCGGAACUUGGCCAUUGUCUGGGCUCCCAACCUCCUCAGGUCAAAGGACAUUGAGACAUCGGGUUUCAAUGGCACGGCAGCCUUCAUGGAGGUCCGCAUCCAGUCCAUCGUGGUGGAAUUCAUCCUCACUCAUGUUGAGCAGAUCUUCGGAGAUGCUCCUCUCCGCGGGGGCACCCGUGAGUCUCUCAGGAAGUCCCUCCUCCUCAUGGGGUCACCACUUCCUCUCACGGAUGAGAAAUGCUGCUUCUCAUACAAUGUCCCCACCAUGUUGAACCAAGGCGACGGCCCACCGCAGAUGCGCCCGUACCACACCAUCAUUGAGCUCAGCGACAGCAAAAGGAAAGGCUCCCUCAAAGGAAAGAAAUGGAAGUCCAUCUUCAACCUCGGCCGCUACAGCCAAGACGCCAAGCGGAAAUUCGUCAAAACGGAGGACAAAGAUUAUAAAUCCGGAAAGCUACGCCUACGGCCGGCGAAGAGCAUGGAUUCACUCAGCUCGGUUCCGUGCGCAGGAAAUGACGAGGCUGACCUCGGGAGGAAAACGUCACAGAAGAAGCUGCUGACCCUCGGACGAGAGAGCUUCGACGGCCCGGCCUCCCUCGAUAUCAGCUUCUUGUCAUCCGGCGAGUGUCCUGAGAAGGCCAAAGUGGAGGCGGCAGUGGUCAGCAAGUCUGAGGAGGAGGGUGAAUCAGCCACGGCCAAGUCGGAGCCUACCACACCCAAAACUGGCCGGUCCGGCGCGUUGGGUAGUUCAAACAGCAGUCCCCGCCAAGGCCGGUCACCCAAGAGCGGGCGUAACCGGGCCGAGAAGUGCCUGGGCGUCCACAUCUCCGGCCCACUCUCAGUCACCGUGCCCUUCCACAUCACCUCCAACCUGACCUUGUCCCGACUGACCCGAGGCUUGGAGUGUCCGGCCUUGAGCCACUGCGCCACCCCAGAGGAGGAGAAGGAAGGGUCGUCUAAGGACACCCAGGACACGAUGACCAUUGCAGCGGCCGCCGACGAGGACAAGCUUGCAACCGAAGCCAAAACGGGCGACUCGGAGGAGAACCGGAUGUCGAUGGAAGUGCAGGACUCCUUCUCGUUCUUGGACAGCCAAGAGGCCUGGCUGGAAGAGCCCCAAAAGAGCCCUUUCGGGGGGCCCGUGGAGGAUGACGUGGGGACUGGGAUCAUGAACCAGAUCAUCGGAGGCGGCAUGCAGUUGGAUUUGUUCUCUUCUCUUCCACCGCUGAACUACCUGUCCAUCGAGGAGUGCAUGAACGAGCAUUCGGAGGAGGAGGACGACCAAUAUUACCUGGCCAUGGCCUGCCCCGACGGCAAGGAAGCCGAUCCCGAGGAAGUCUACCUGAGUGCUUUUGAUGACCUCAGCCCUUUGGCCAACAAAGCCGAGCAGCUGGAUGAGAGAAGAGAAGAAGACGACCGAUCCAUCGAUAUCACUGGAGGUUCACCUCUAGUAGACUCAACCGAUCCCCAUUUCUUUGGAAGGAAAGCUCGUUCUCACGACUUGCCUGACUAUUGCCAACAUUCCGAUCGGACUGGGAAAGAGCCAGCUGUUUUGCCGAUGUGUUGUCUGGAAUCCACCGACCCGACCGGGAAAGAAUCAGCUGUUUCACCAACGUGUCUUCCAGAAUCAACCGAUCGGACCCGGAAAGAGUCAGCCGUUUCCUCAAUGUCUUGUCCAGAAUCGACCAAUCCGACCCAGAAAGAGUCAGCUGUUUUCUUGAAGUGUCAUCCGGAAUCAACCAAUUCAACCGGGAAAGAGUCAGCUGUUUCCUCGAUGUGUCGUCCAGAAUCGACCAAUCUGACCAGGAAAGAGUCAGCUGUUUCCUCGAUGUGUCGUCCAGAAUCGACCAAUCUGACCAGGAAAGAGUCAGCUGUUUUCUCGAAGUGUCAUCCGGAAUUGAUCAAUCCAACCGAGAAAGAGUCAGCUGUUUCUUCGACGUGUCGUCCAGAAUCAACCGAUCUGACCGGGAAAGAGUCAGCUGUUUUCUCGACGUGUCAUCCGGAAUCAACCAAUUCAACCGGGAAAGAGUCAGCUGUUUUCUCGAAGUGUCAUCCGGAAUUGAUCAAUCCAACCGGGAAAGAGUCAGCUGUUUCCUCGAUGUGUCGUCCAGAAUCGACCAAUCCGUCCAGGAAAGAGUCAGCUGUUUUCUCGAAGUGUCAUCCGGAAUUGACCAAUCCAACCGGGAAAGAGUCAGCUGUUUUCUCAAUGUGUCAUCCAGAAUCAACCAAUCCAACUGGGAAAGAGUCAGCUGUUUUCUCAAUGUGUUGUCCGGAAUCGACCGAUCGGACCGGGAAAGAGCCAGCGGUCUCUCCAAAUCCGAAUUGUCAUUUCCACGAAUCAACAAAGCCUGAGAAAGAAAGUUUAGUCUUGGAAGCAAGAAACAGAGACGACUUGCAGGUGGAGACAACUGAGCAAGCCUUAAGAGAAUGUCUCCCAAAACCUACAGGUUCGGAGACAACUUCUACAAGCGUUGAAGUUGAGUGGCAGCUCGGACCUCAAAACGAGCAGAAGAUGGACCUUUCCUUUUCAGAGCUCACUAAAAGUUCUGACCGCUAUAUGGAGCUCUCACAUGAUGACAUGGAUCUGCUGUGGAUUGAAGACUUGGACCCUUCUCUUGUGGAACAUCUCACCACAUUUGAUGGUCACCUGUCCACUUCGUUGGGCCGAAGUUCUGAAGAUUAUUCUUCAGUUCCUGAUGAUGUUUAUUUACAUGGUGGCUCCAUAGAACCUGAUGUCGUAUCACUUGAGGCUCUCCUCCCAAAGACUCUUCAUGAAGCUCCAAAGGCUUUCAAGUCCAAGCUUUCAGACGGGAGCGUCCACAUGAGGCUGACCUCCAGCACCGUCUGCAUCCAGCAAGUCAAGUCCUUCCCCGUCAUCCCGCCAAAGCCCCACUUUGCGAGGAUCCCACCAUCAAUGCCAAAAACUCCCGCCGAAAACGGGUCCGUUCGCCCCGUCAGUUUCGAUGCUCGUUAUACCGCGGAGAAGGAUGUCAACAACACGGAGGAGGAAUCGUUCGGUUUCGUUCCAGACUCGUUCAAGCCGCCUGCAACUUCGGCUCGGUUCCAGAAGCAAAGGAACUCCAUGCCGGGGACUUUGGAGAAAUAUAUUGGUGGCGAGGCGGAGUUCUGGAAAGGAAACAACACAGAACUUUCGCUAGAAAAACACAACCUUUCAGCUAAAGUUUACAGCGGAGAGGACCGCCAUCCAAUGAAGUCCUCCAUGGCCGAGUGUUUGGAGCAUUAUGGAGGUCAAAGGAGGACAAGUGAGCCUUCUCAAAACCCUAUAGAUGCUCAACGGAGAGCUGAUUGGUCAAUGGAUCCUUCUCGAAAACCUAUAGAAGAUCAAUGGAGAGCUGAUGGGACAAUGGAUCCUUCUCAAAACCCUAUAGAAGGUCAACAGAGAGCUGAUGGGACAACGGAUCCUUCUCAAAACCCUAUAGAAGGUCAAUGGAGAGCUGAUGGGACAAUGGAUCCUUCUCAGAACCCUAUAGAAGGUCAACAGAGAGCUGAUGGGACAACAGUUCCUUCUCGAAACCGCAUAGGUCAAUGGAGAGCUGAUGGGACAAUGGAUCCUUCUCGAAACCCUAUAGAAAGUCAACGGAGAGCUGAUGGGACAAUGGAUCCUUCUCGAAACCCUAUAGAAGGUCAACAGAGAGCUGAUGGGACAACGGAUCCUUCUCGAAACCCUAGAGAAGGUCAACAGAGAGCUGAUGGGACAAUGGAUCCUUCUCGAAACCCUACAGAAGGUCAACGGAGAGCUGAUGGGACAACGGAUCCUUCUCGAAACCCUAUCGAAGGUCAACGGAGAGCUGAUGGGACAACGGAUCCUUCUCGAAACCCUAUAGAAGGUCAACGGAGAGCUGAUGGGACAAUGGAUCCUUCUCAAAAUUCUAUAGAAGGUGAACGGAGAGCUGAUGGGACAAUGGAUCCUUCUCGAAACCCUAUCGAAGGUCAGCUGAGAGCUGAUGGGACAGCAGUUCCUUCUCAAAACCCCAUAGAAGGUCAACGGAGAGCUGAUGGGACAAUGGAUGCUUUUCAAAACUCGACAGAAGGUCAACGGAGAGCUGAUGGGACAAUGGAUCCUUCUCGAAACCCGAUAGACGGUCAACGGAGAGCUGAUGGGACAACUGAUCCAUCUCCAAAGUUUAUAGAAGGUCUCAGCUCUGUAUUGAAGCAUCAUGGGAGAACAGAUCCUUCUCGUAACCCUAUAGAAUGUCAACAGAGAGCUGAUAGGACAACCGAUCCAUCUCCAAAGCCAAUAGAAGGUCUCAGCUCUGCGUUGAAGCAUUAUGGGACAACGGAUCCUUCUCCAAGCCCUAUAGAAGGUCGAGGAAGAGCUGAGGCCUCCCCGCAAAGGCGGGCGCAAUGGCACAACAACGGCGGCAGCAUGUCCUUUGACGAAGCGGUUGCUCUGGCCAAAAAACGGCAAGGUGGCCAGGUCGCGAUGCGGAGGAUGAAGACCUGCGGUGGGGAGGUCGGGGCAGAGAAGAAGGCGGUGAUGACAACCCUGCAGCGCAAGCCGGCCCUCAAGCUUUCGAGGCCCCAGAGCUGCGCAAGUCCCUCCGACGUCCACCUUGGGGUCAAGCUGACCUCACCAGAUGGACAAGUAGCCUUUGAUCCUGAAGGUAUGAGGAGCUCGGCGAAAGGGAGGCGCUUGUCACUGUCAGAAGAGGCGCCGUGA